GCACCUUUGAUCGAACUGUCAUUCUCAUUUUCAACUCGUCAGCAACCAUCGAAUAUGUCGUUUUGGUAUUUAAUAUUAUCAGCAAUCUGGUUUCGUGACUGUUUUGCUUCUAUGCCCACAGAAGGCUUCGACUCAUUUUGUUCGAUAUCGGCGCACCCACGAAUGAACUUCACUCUAAACUACGGACCUUACUCUACGAAGCCCAGCCAAGUCAAUGUUACGUUUUUUCCAAGCGAUCCGUCACAGGAACAUGUUUUCCACGUAUAUGUGAAAAGUUGGGACGCUAAUAAAGCGGAUCUUGAGAUAAGGAGAAUGGAUAACAAUGUCGCCGGGUGGGAGGAAUUGUCGGUGACCUUGGUUUGGUCAGUUGGGUUUAAGCAACAGAAAGGUUUACAAAACUGUAAAGACAUCUACGACACUGGUCAACGCCAUAACGGGAUCUACGACAUUCAAGUUGUCGGUUAUAAUGGGGAAGCUAUGAAAGUAUAUUGUGAUAUGGAGACGGAUGGCGGGGGGUGGCUGGUGGGUGGAUAUAAUACAAAUGUUAAACUGGAAGGCAUUGAAUGGCAUUUAGAUUUAUAUUUUAAGAGUAAUAAAAUAAAUUUAUCUUCGUAAAACUUUUCGUACAUAUCAGGUGAAUGUUUAUGUUUUCAUUCUCCUUUAUCGUCCCU